AUGUUUCGUUUAGGUGCCAAUCAAGUUGCCCGUACUGCCGGUGCAAGGUAUGUAGUGAGUUAGAUAGCGGUGACGACUCAAGGAUACAGACGAACUGAAAAAUGAUUAUGUCCAGAGUUGAAGAAUUCGAUAAACGUGAAUUGACAAGUGAUGGUGGAAGAUAGAGUAACGGGAAUGGGGGAACAAUGUUAGAACAAGCGUUUGGAGGUUUACAAUUGGAAAAAAGGGGGAUAUUUCAAGGAAGGAUACGUCCAGUUUUUGUCGGAUGUCCUAGGAGAACAAGAGUCACAAUAAAUAUAAUACACACCCACGAAGGAAUCAAUUGA